UCGGGUUUUGCUCGAUUACAUGAAGUGGUUGCUUUAAUACCUUCAGCAGCAGACAGACAUGCAGAUUAUAGAGCGAGAGCCACUCGCCCUAGGAAAGGAGUAAAAUAACUCAAUAUCUUUAGAAGACUGACUGGCUGGGGGAGGUGACUGCGCUAUUCUUGUAUCAGUAAAGAGCCUGCGUUAAAUAACGAGGACGCAUAACACAGCAGAGGUGAGGCAAACAAACGGCCCUUGGCAGAGAGGUUGGGUGCGAAGACUACAACUCGUGCACGAAAAGCAGCAUCUUUUGCAUUUAGAGAUGAAAGUGAAGCAAGGCUGCGACGCGGGUGUCCCGUGUACGACUGAAGAGGAUUUGCAAAAAAGCACAGAAAUAACGCCGGAGAAUGUACUCGGGCUGCAGAAGAUCACAGACAAUUACCUCUGCGGUCCAGAACAGAACAUACACAAGAUCGACUUCACCAGGUUCAAAAUCCGAGACAUGGAGACAGGCAUGGUUCUUUUUGAGAUCACCAAACCCCCUACAACAGAGAGUGGGGAGGACAGAACGGACUUUGACCAGAAUGCCGGGCGCUUUGUGCGUUAUCAGUUCACCUCCGCUUUCCUCCGACUACGGCAGGUUGGCGCCACGGUGGAGUUCACUGUAGGCGAUGUUCCCAUCAACAACUUCCGAAUGAUCGAGAGGCACUAUUUCCGUGAGCGGCUGCUGAAGAGCUUUGACUUUGAGUUUGGCUUCUGCAUCCCGAGCAGUAAGAAUACCUGUGAACACAUCUAUGAGUUCCCACCACUCUCUGAAGAAAUAAUGCGUGAAAUGAUCCUUCACCCCUAUGAGACGCAAUCCGACAGCUUUUACUUUGUGGACAACAAGCUUGUGAUGCACAAUAAGGCAGAUUAUUCUUACAGCGGUGGACCGUAGGAAGCCUCGCUCACCUCUUGCAGAAAACUGCAUUGAGCUGCAAAGCAACUGGCAGAGGAACAUCUACUGGCAGUGGCAUCUAGGCAUCUAAUCUUAUAUGUGAUGAUGCAUUUGGUUAAAAAAAACAAUCUCAGGACUGUGUGUGUGUGUGUGUGUGUGUGUGAGUGAGAGAGACAGAGAGAGAGAGAGAGAGAGAGAGAGAAUGUUACUCAGAAUGGCCCAGUACUGCUUUUUUCCUUAGAAUCAUUUAAAGUAUGUGAUAACUCUGUCUCUUUAUGUAUAUGAGUGUGCCUGUGCACAUGUGCAUAAUUGCAUGCUCUGUUUUUAUGUAUUUUUAAAAGCCCAAAGACUAAUAAUUCUAAACAACUCUGAUUUGUAACUAAAUUUUCUUACUAUGUUUCUCAAUGCUUCUAAA